GGUUUAGGACCGGGAAGCUCCGCCCACCGCCGGCGUGUGACGUCGAGUCGCCAUGGCCAGCUAUCCGUACGGGCAGGGCUGCCCAGGAGCUGGAGGACAAGCGCCCGGAGCCCCUCCGGGUAGCUACUACCCUGGACCCCCCCACGGUGGAGGGCAGUAUGGCGGUGGGGUACCCCCUGGUGGCAGUUACGGCGGGGGUCCUGCCCCCGGGGGGCCUUAUGGACCACCGGCUGGUGGAGGGCCCUAUGGACACCCCAAUCCUGGGACUCCAGGAGGACUAUAUGGUAGUGCGGCCCCAGGGGGUCCCUAUGGCCAGCCACCUCCGAAUUCCUACGGUGCCCAGCAUCCCGGGCCUUACGGACAGGGACCUCCUCCAGGUGGUGUUCCUCCCAACGUGGACCCUGAGGCUUACUCCUGGUUCCAGUCCGUAGACUCUGAUCACAGUGGCUACAUCUCCAUCAAGGAGCUGAAGCAGGCUCUGGUCAACUCCAACUGGUCCUCGUUCAACGAUGAGACGUGCCUCAUGAUGAUAAACAUGUUUGACAAGACAAAGUCAGGCCGCAUCGACAUCUAUGGUUUCUCGGCUCUGUGGAAGUUCAUCCAGCAGUGGAAGAACCUCUUCCAGCAGUAUGACCGGGACCGCUCGGGCUCCAUCAGCUACACCGAGCUGCAGCAAGCUCUGUCCCAAAUGGGCUACAACCUGAGCCCCCAGUUCACCCAGCUCCUGGUCUCCCGCUAUUGCCCGCGCUCUGCCAACCCCACCAUGCAGCUAGACCGCUUCAUCCAGGUGUGCACCCAGCUGCAGGUGCUGACCGAGGCUUUCCGGGAGAAGGACACAGCUGUACAGGGCACCAUUCGGCUCAGCUUCGAGGACUUCGUCACCAUGACAGCUUCUCGGAUGCUAUGACCCAGCCCAUCUGUAGAGUGGAGUGUACCAGGGGCCUUUCCUGGCCCCUUAGAGCGGGAGAGGCAUGCGGGCCUCUCCGCUUUUCCUGUCCCUCCUAGAAAAAGAUUCUCCCUUGCCCGAUGCAGCGCUGUUCCCGAAGAGGGCUGGGAGUCUUGUGUCAGUCACCAAAUAGCGGGGACCUAAGCUGAGGCCACACAGGAGGUGGCCAAAGAGAGGACUGGACGUUGAAUGCCCUUGGAGCCCUGAGUAUUUCAAUGGCCCAGCCUCGUGCCAGGAGCAGAAGAUGCCAGUUAGUGUCCAGUCCGCUGGGCUCUAGCCUCUAGCUGUCACUUCUCCGCCCUGACACCAGGGGUAAGUGAUCAUCAGCCUCAUGCCAUUAGCACCUGAGUCCCUUCACCCAUACCGUCUUGUCAGAUGAACCCAGUUUCUCUGAAGUGGAAGCUGACCAAGCACGAGGGAGGUUUGUCCGUGGGACCAAGUGGCUUGGAUUCCACCACCCUGUGUCCCCAAAUCCACGUGUGUUGUAGCUGCCUGGCUGCUGGCCCUGCUCGGGGGCUUGGACCGCCUGCUCUCUGGGCACCCUUGGCCAGGCUACCCCUCUGCAGCUCGGACCCCUCACUUGCCUGCCAUUCUCUGCUUGGCUUCAAUCCCCAGGGGACAGUUGUCACCUCCCACUGCCAAGGCUAUUUUUUUAAGUUGUGUGUUUUUUCUUUUGGGGCCAAAAGUUCAGUGAAACUGUAAGCUCAAUAAAAGGACAGAACUCUGGA